ACCACUCAUGCUACCACUACGCGCGCCCUUCACUUUACAGUACAGUACCUGAACACCUUACAAAAAAACUUGUGUUUGUAGUUUUUUAACAGCAUUACUCUUAUUUAUUUUUUUAUGAAGUGACAGAAACUAACACCAGCAGUGGUUGGGACAUAGAAAUAAUUUUGGAGGUUUUAGCGUUUAAUUCAGAUCAGGCAGCGAUGACGGCUCCAAACUCUGCAGAAAGGAAGGCCUGCUGGGACGCCAGGGACCAGCUAUGGAAAUGUCUGGAUGACAAUGGUGACAAAGCUGCCUCCUGCCACAAGUUCCAGAGCGAGUUUGAGGCAAAUUGCCCCGCUCAGUGGGUGAAAUAUUUCACCAAGAGGAGAGACUUCCUGAAAUACAAAGAGAAGAUGCAGACAGAAGGAUUCACACCUGCUGAAGGCCCCCAGCAACCUUCCUAACCACUGGACAGCACACUGACUUUCAGCCUUAUUCAGACCAUGGCCAGAGGGGCAGGACUUAAUUAUGGACCUGAACACCUUUAUCAUUAUUUAUUUGUACAGAGAUAAACGCUACACGCAUUAGCAGCUCCAAGCGGCAGCAUGAGCGACCUGUUUGAGCUUAUUUGAGCUUCCCUCCUCAGAAAUCUGUGACGUCAGCUCAUUUUAACCAACCCAGCUGAGAGAGAGAGAGAGAGCCACGGAUAGUGAUUCCAGUUUUCUCAGUUGGAUUUCACCUAGUUGGACUCACCGGAUGUAGACCGUUGGGAUAAAGCCUGCCAUUGGCUGCCUAUUUCAGCUGGUUUUCUCCUCCUCUUCCGCCAUCUGUUUUGUAAGGGCACCGUCGCUGCAUUCGGGGCUUAGCACCACCCAAGAUGAUUGUGAUUGGUUUAAAGAAAUACAAGCCAUCCAGAGCGUUUUGUCCCCUAUCACAGAAUGUUAACUCGUUGCAGCGAGACGUUUCUCCAGUGCUGUGGAGAUAGGUCUGGCAACGCAAGACUAGAUUUUGACCUGGAAAUUACAUGUAAUGUCCCUGUGGAACUUGACUAAUGUCACUUGGAAUAGUUGUGAUCAGUGCAACGCUUACACAGACACGGUACAUGCACACACUGGGUCUUAUGUCUCAUUCUAACACUGUUCACAAUGAACUUUCUGCGAUUGUUUUUAGUGAAAGUAUCACCUCCUUUCCAUCCGUUAGCAGCCGUAGCAUUCUGUGUGCAGAACACGGGGUGGUGUUCUAUAUCUGUGUGGAGUUUGGGUUGAAGUCUUGAUCAAUUCAGUUACACUAGUGUGAUUUACAAAUAAAUGCAGAUCUUUAGUGAUUGCUGAUACUUAGCGUUUUAAUUCUGGGACAGAAAAUCUCAAGUGUGACUGACUUGUGGUGUUUUAUGUAAAUAAAAAAUAAUAAUGCAUACAAUAGUGGUUUUAUUGUGCAUGUACAAUGUAUCAAUCUAACUCAUGAGACAUUAAGGUAUAACAUAUAAUUUAGGAAUAUAACAGCUCAUUUGGAAAACAGGCUUUAUAUUACAAAUCUAUAUGUAUUUACAAAAGGAGUGUGGACCCUGCGUCAAAGCUCACGGCCGUAACCCCAUCACGCUGUAGGAAACCUUCAGUACAACUGAAUACAUUACAAAAUAAAAGCGUAGGCUUUUGAUUCUGCCCACACUAGGAACUAAACUUGUAAUGAAGUGAUAUAAAAAGAAGAAAAAACACAAAUUGCAUUUAAAAUUAGUGUAAAAAUAGAAAGCAAUUUUUAUAUAUAUAUAUAUAUAUAUAUAUAUAUUUGCACAGUACAGUGAAUGUUAAUGUGCAAACAGUUCCACCACCAGGCGGCAGAUAUUGUGAUUGGACAGUUGAUUGAACAAACUAUUGUACCAUACAACCCUGUGCUACCUCACUCCUCUCUCUUCUUUAAAGGCCUUGGAUGCUGCAUUCAACAAGAACUUUGCAGCGUCCCAAAUAAAUCGGCAUUUCUUUUACAUUACGUGCCAGGUGAAAUGUCACACCUCCAGGGUGACAACAAAGACAGACCAAAGGUGGUCAUCCUGUCGCUUACCAUGCUAAUGUAACAAAUUUCAUUAAAUAUACACAUUCUUGUGAUAAUUACAGGAGCUACUGAUUCUUGAUAAAGGUGUUUUCUAACUGCUUACUACUGUAAGAGACUUUCAUUUUCAAGAUUAUAUUGGCAUAACUCAGGACCUUAGCUAGUAAAAAUCUCAGAUUUGAGGACUUCAUAAUCUUAUUAUGAAGUUUUCACCAAAAAAA